UAUCAAAAAAUGCAAAAAUCAAAAAAAUUUGAGAAGUAUUAAUUUGAUUUAAACAAAAAAAUAUAAUCAAAAAUUAAUCAAGAAAACUUGCUAAGCUCAAAAAAAAGUAUUUGUAAAAAAACAAACCCUAUUUUAAUUAAUUUUAAAAGACUAUAAGACAAGAUUUUAAAGGCUCCCUUAAUAAAUCCUCGCAACCACUUCAAAAAACUCAUUAAAAUUAAAAUUAAAAAACUCCAAACCUAGAAAAAAAACUUGUGAGACUUCUGCUCUCCUUAAAAGCUAAAUCCCCACCCCUAUAUUGAAAAAAAAAUUAAUAAAAAUGGAAGAUUAAGAAAGUUAAACCUAGUAUGUAGGUCCCUAAUCCUAUUUGGAUAUUUUGUCUGUUGGGACCAACGUCAGUAUCAAAAAGAAUAAGCAGACCCUCUUGAGAAUGUAUGAAAGAAUUCACAGUAAUCACGAAUCAUACAAAAAGACUGAAGCUAAUAGCGAAAAUGUCAACGAAGUUAAGAUCCUCAUACGUGGAAUCGUUGAAAUUAUUGAAGGCUCAAAUCAAUUUGACUGCGCUGAGUUAAUGAGAAUAUGCAUUUUCAUGUCAAAUAUGAUUCUUUGUGUAGAUUCCAAUUACAGGGAUGAUUUCAUUGCAAACUCAAAAAAUAUAUUUUAAAUUCUUGGUUAAUAUUUCGUACAAUUAAGUGAUAUCUCUUCAAGCUCCUCUGAAAACUGUGCUAAUGCAAACUCACAAAAUCACGAAUACCAAACUCUCGUUUUCAUCUACAAGCUUUUGAUGGCUACCCGUCAUCCUAGCGAAACCGUUUGUGCUCCUAAGAAAGGCAGUGCUGCUUCUUAGAAUCCUGCAGAUGUCCUUAAAGAAAAGGACUCAAUUAUCACCAUGCGUGAAAAGCUGAUCUCUAAGGAUUUCAUGAAAAAGAUUUUGGAAAUCGAUGUUGAAGACUUUGCUCCUAGUGAGAAUUUAGUUGCUGAGAUGUGGAAGAUGUUACUUGCUUUCUAUACUCUUUUUGCAAAGAGUAAGGAUAAAAUUGCCCAAUUUGGACUUAUUAGAAAUGCUAAGGAUAAAUUCUUAGAAGCAAUAUUCCGUCUGCAUGAAUUGUCAAAGAGCGACACUACAACACUUCUUUAGGCUGUUGGAUGUUUAAAUUAUACCCUGGAUAAGAUCAAAUUAUCCUUAAAAGAGAUUCAAAAAUACAAUUUAGUUCCUGUGCUUUGUGAUCUCCUUGAGAAUCCUCGCACAAUUACUUCAUAACUUCAUAUUAUUUUGAAGAUGUUUUUGAAUCUUUCUAAAUAAAACUUGCUCUCUAAAAACUCCUACUAAACCAUGUGUUUAGGUAAGGCCUUUAAAGUGUUUGAGCGCGCUCCUGCACAUGCAGCAGAAUUAAUUGCUGAUAUUUAUAAGAAAGAUCCCGUUUCUCUUAAGGACAUAACUCUUUAAUCCGCCACUGCUCUUUUAAGAGGAUUAACUUAAAAAUGGAAUUACUGUCAAAUACUUAAAAGAUCCUAAUAAGUUCAUUUGCUUUCUCAUAUGAACCCUUAAUAUAUUUAAGUAAAGAGAAUGCUAUUUGAAAUUGAAGGACAAUUUAAAUGUUUGAUCCCUCUUAUCUCCUAAAUGAUCAAUUUAGAUGUGCUUAAGAGUCUCAUUCCAUGUGGUGAUGCUAUCCUUUACUAAUUGCUCAAUUCUGUGAAAGCAGGAUCUUCUCCCUCUUCAUCUGAUUUUGACCUUUCCUAGAGCUCCUCCCUUUCUUCACAUUAAUGUGAUAACAGUGACCUCAGUGCCCUUCAAAACUUAACCAAAAUAGAAGCUGAAGAUUUGCCAGAGUAGAACUCAACCUAAUUAUAGGAAUGCUAAUGAAAUGAAGAAAACCAUUUUACAAAAAUAUAAAAUAAUUAUAUUAAAUUUAUUUUUGUAUUGAAUUAUUAACAGAAUUUACAUAUAUUUUCUUAAAAUCAUUAUUAAUAUGCUAAAAAAUAGUAAAAUUAUGAAUAAUAA